AUGCAGGUGCGACGUGUAUUGUAUUUUCUGGCUCUAAUUAUGAGUGUUGCCUCUGUUUGCGUGGCGACUACUACCUCUGCACAGUCAGAAAGUCUGAAUCCUGAAGAUGCUUCCCAUCGUACUUGCACAGGUGGUGAUUCGGCGACUGAAUGUCUCCCUGGUAGUCCUGGUCCUGCUGAACCAGGUAAAACAACACAUCGAGGUUCAUCUGGUAAUGAAACUCAUCAAGAAAGUGUUGGUGGUCCUGGUCAAGAAAGUGGAUCUGGUUCUUCUAUGGGUUCUGUUGCCGGUACUGGUGGAACUUCUUCGCACACUGCUUCUCCUAAUUCACAAGCUCCUGAUGCUGAUACUCUUCCUACUGCUCCGACGAGUAGUGAUGAUGUGUCUUCAACUGGUCCUCUACCAGGAGGCAGCGGAAGCAAUCCACAUGGUGGAAGUGCAGCAGCACAAUCUCCUUCCUCUCCAAACAUUGAAGGCACAGGGAGUGAAACUGGUGUUGCUGAUGCGUCAGCUGGGAACGGCACUAAACCUGAGGAGAGUGAGGCACCCGACAACUCAGGUGUUGCAGGAAAUGCAGAUACAACGCCGAAUAACUCGACGAACACAGACCCUGAAACUCCCAAUACAGCCAAUAAUGAGGAAUCAACCACCACUACAACAACAACAACAAUUCCUCCUGAGCCUGCAAACAACAAGAAGGGUGAUGCAGACAGCAGCAGCAGUAUCAGCAGUUCUGUGUGGGUGCGUGUACCACUACUGAUUGUGGUUACACUGGCCUGUAUUCUUGUGUGCUGA